GCAGCGCGUCCACAAGUGAGUCCUUGGCAACCCAAACAGAUGAGCACUAAUGCGACACCAAUGAGUUAGCAGGUGUUCUACUCGCAGUUUUAUUCUAUUAAAUGUAUUGAUCUUUUUAAACGGAAACUGUGCUGUGAUGUGUACGAAAAUGAGAGCCUUUGAACCUUUGGUUAAAAGACAACUGAAAACUGAAGGAUUUACGGUGAAAUCCACCAUGAAGAAUUCAGUGGUGGUGGGCCCUCCAGCUGCAGGGGCUUUCAAAGAGAGGCCAGCUAAACCCACAGCCUUCCGUAAGUUCUACGAGCGUGGAGACUUUCCCAUCGCCCUAGAACAUGAUUCUAAAGGCAACCGCAUUGCAUGGAAGGUGGAGAUUGAAAAACUGGACUACCAUCACUACCUCCCCCUGUUCUUUGAUGGUCUGUGCGAGACAGUUCACCCCUAUGAGUUCUUCGCUCGACAGGGCAUCCAUGACAUGCUGGAGCACGGUGGCAGCAAGGUCCUGCCUGUUAUUCCACAGCUCAUCAUACCAAUCAAGAACGCCCUCAACACGAGGAACAGGCAGGUCAUCUGCACCACGCUGAAGGUUCUGCAGCACCUGGUUGUAUCAGCAGAUAUGGUGGGUGAGGCGCUGGUCCCAUACUACAGACAGAUCCUCCCCAUCCUAAACAUCUUCAAGAACAUGAACAAAAACUCCGGUGACGGUAUUGACUACAGUCAGCAGAAGAGGGAGAACAUUGGAGACCUGAUCCAGGAAACGCUUGAGGUGUUUGAACGCUAUGGGGGCGAGGAUGCCUUCAUCAACAUCAAAUACAUGGUGCCCACCUACGAGUCCUGCCUCCUCAACUAAAAAGAGCGGAGAACUCACUCGCAAACACACACACAGACAUACGCAUUCUUAUUCAAACAUGUAAACACACACACCUUAUGUUACAUUCCUAAUUUCUGACUUUAUUGAAGAUGAAAUGAGUCUGUGCGACACGGCUGUUUGUAUCGGAGAAAACACUCAUACACACGCAUAGCUUCCUGUGAAGAUGAACAGACACAAGGAGCGCAUGGGUCAAUAAAUCUCUCAGUGGCAACUAA